UUUUUAUAAAUCCUAAUUAUUCUUGAUUAUGGAUUGAAUAAGGGAUGUUAUGGAUUGAAUGUGUAAAAGAAGCAGUAUAUUGAUAAAGAGGCUGUAUUCCAAAGUCAAAAGAGCGAUUGGCCUGCAAAAAUAAAAACUUGUUCUGUUCUUUUUUUAAUUAGAACAAACAUAAACUAAUUGGGUAGAAAAGGAGCAGAAAAAGAUCUGUGGAUUAGACUCCCUUUCUUUCCAGGGUUUGUAUUAAAAAUGCAACACCCUGUUCUGACCAUAUUGCACUAUGUAUCAUCAUUCGAUAAACCGAGAAAUGCUUCUUCUCUCUGAUUCAAGUAGAAAUACAAAUGGAAAAAUUCAAAGGGUAUUCAGAAAAACAUAAAUCUCGUCAACAAUACUUUGUCUACCCACUUCUCUUUCAGGAAUAUAUUUAUGCAUUUGCCCACCAUUAUGGAUUAAAUGGUUCUGAACCUGUGGAAAUAGUUGUUAGUUGUAAUAACAAGAAAUUUAGUUCACUACUUGUGAAACGUUUAAUUAUUCGAAUGUAUCAGCAAUUUUUUUUGGAUAACUCGGUUAAUCAUCCUAACCAAGAUCGAUUAUUGGAUUACAAAAAUUAUUUUUAUUCUGAGUUUUAUUCUCAGAUUCUAUCUGAAGGGUUUGCGAUCGUUGUGGAAAUCCCAUUCUCGCUACGGGAAUUAUUUUGUCCGAAAGAAAAAGAAAUACCAAAGUUUCAGAAUUUACGCUCUAUUCAUUCAAUAUUUCCCUUUUUAGAAGACAAAUUUUUGCAUUUGGAUUAUCUAUCACAUAUAGAAAUACCCUAUCCUAUCCAUUUGGAAAUCCUGGUUCAACUCCUUCGAUACCGUAUCCAAGAUGUUCCAUCUUUGCAUUUAUUGCGAUUCUUUCUCAACUAUUAUUCGAAUUGGAAUAGUUUUAUUACUUCAAUGAAAUCCAUUUUUUAUUUUCAAAAAAGAAAAUAA